AUGACCGCAGCGCCUUCGCCGCCCUUGCCGACCCGUGCGAGCCUUCUCGAACUCAUUCAGGCGGCCCAACAACAUCUGGCCAGCAGCAGACCGCCCUCCCCGCGUAGCCCGGACAAGGCCAAGGUCAUCGACCCGUCCUAUCAGCAUCUCCAUCAACUGCUCACUCCGCCUAUCCUACCGCCCAUUAUCGACAAUGGCAAAGGACUCUCUCAAGGUUCUCGCCACCCGCUGCACCUCUCCGAUGAACUCGGCAGCACCUUCGCCGAGCAGCAACACGUCUGGGCCGACUGGGUGUGCUGUGACAUGGACCAUGCCACCGCCUCCUCCUGCGAUGACUGCCAGACGCUGACCUGCGCUUCCUCGCUCGCCAAUGGCUCCACGUGCGACUCCAAAGGCUGCCCGUCGGCCUCGCACGUCUCCACGGCCAUGGCCUGCUGCGAUUCGACCGACUGCGACACCUCAUCGGCAGAGGUCUGCGACGGCAUCCACUCCUCUGCCACUGCCUGCUUCGACUCGACUUGCACAGGAUCGCCCGUUUGCGCCCUGCCGGUCGCCACAUGCUGCGAUCUCCCCGACUGCAGCGAUGGCAAGAGCCAGGCUUGCUCCACCGCCGCCGUGGAAUGCUGCGACGAGCCCCACUGCCCCGAGCUCAAGGAUGGCUCGCCUGCACCGCACGCCGUCGACUGCCCCGACUGCAACCUUCCAUUCGGCGCCCAAGGUCGAGGCCCCGGAACGAUGUACGGCAGCUUCCAGGAGCUACUCGACUGCUGCUGCUGUCGCUCCUCCUUGACCGAGUCGGAAGAUCGUCCCCAAGAUGCAUCAGCGCGCCAGAGGCUGGUCGAGGAUGUAGCUGCUCACGGCACUUCCGCGCACGACCUCUGCACGACCCACGAGCCUUGCGUCCCGCCGCCAAGCACAGCGUAUCUGUCAGGUGGCCCGUCUCAUCACCAUCAGCAAGCCGACGCUUCAUCCUGCCAGCCUCGUCAGCUGUCCCAGCCGCCCACCCCCUCCUACGUUUCCCUCAGCGGCUCCCAACGGACCUCUGUCGGCCAUACCCCAGCUUACUCUCCAUCGGUGACCGACUCCACCAUCGACACUCCCACAUAUGGCGCGAACCGUCAACACACGCACCAAAAGACGCCCUCCGCUGGCCCUGCAGGACAGCAUGAUGGGCUUCAGCUUCAAAAUUUUCGCUCUUCGUCCCUCUCAUCGGCAUCGCACGAUGACUGGCAUAACGGAUUCGCCGCGAUCCAGCCUGCCGCCGGCUCCGGCUCGAGCGUGAGCAGCGCAUGUCACUUUACGCAGCCGCACGGCCACGCCUUCAAUGGCGGGUGCUUGCCGCCCACAUGGACCUCCGGCGGUCCCAACUCUCAGGAAGCCUCCGACUUCCAUGCUCGUUGGUAUCCGGAGCCCGACUCUCAAAAUUUGGCCCCCAUCGCACUCGACGACCAAGCGAAGGCCGCUCCUGCUCGCAGUGCCCCGCCGCAGGAAGACGCCAGACUCCAGCGCUGCCAAUGGGCCGGGUGCAAGGAUCGCUUCUGGACGGUCGAGGAGCUAGUCGCACACGUCAACCACGCGCACCUCGCUAAGAAGCAGGUCGACCCCGCCCCAUCGGCGUCUGCGACGUCGGCCCCUAUCAGAUCUGCCCACGGCUGGCCCGACUUUUCUAUCGCUGCACACGGCGGGCACGGUGUCGACAGCGCUUUGGCUAUGCCUCCGUCCUCGGCGGCUGCCGCUAUGCCCUGUAUGUGGAGCGACUGUCGUUCGACGUCGGGUCCAGAACAGGACGUGCAGCUCGACGAUGUCAUCGCCAUGCUGAAGGAGGCCGGAAUGGACUGGCCAAGCGACACGGACGCCAUCAACGACAAGGCCACGGCCGCCAUGCUGCAGCACCUAUGGACGGCGCAUCUCGGCCAUGCGACGCAAGGCAGCCAGCCUGGCCUUCUCGAGAAUGCGGCACCGAUGGCUGCUGUACGAUCCGGCAAGCGGAGAAGACAAGGUCCGGCAGAGCUCGACCUGGCGCGACCGGCGACACUGGGCCGUGCUGACAAGAGGGCACGCUCUUCGGCCCCUCCUGACGAGGGUGAGGACCGGUGCUGCGACAAUGUGAGGAUCGGUGCCGACGGCAAGAGCGGUCACGUCUGCGGCUGGGAGGGCUGCUCCGAGGUCUUUGCGGACCACCAGGGCCUCACGGAGCACAUCACAAACGUGCACGUCGGCUCGGGCAAAGCGGUCUACGAGUGCCGCUGGGUGGGCUGCGAGCGGUUCCACAAGGGACGGCAGUUUUCGCAGAAGCAGAAGGUCCUGCGCCACAUCCAGACGCACACCGGCGACCGGCCGUUCAAGUGCGAGCUGUGCGGGCGGCGGUUCAGCGAGGCCAACACGCUGGCGCAGCACGUGCGGACGCACACGCAGGAGAAGCCGUUUGUGUGCGACCAUCCCGGUUGCGGCAAGGCGUUUAGCGUGUCGGGAUCGCUGACGAUCCACAAGCGGACGCACUCUGGGGCCAAGCCGUUUGUCUGCAAGCAUCCUGGCUGCGACAAGGCCUUCGCCGAGUCGAGCAACCUGACCAAGCACAUGCGCCUGCACAGCGGCGAGAAGCCGUUCAAGUGCGACGAGUGCGGCAAGAGGUUCAGCCGGCCCGACCAGGCGUCGCGACACCAGAAGACGCAUCAGAGGAAGAGGGAUCGGUUGAGGGCCAAGAUGAGCGGUGGCGAGGCCCAGGGCUCGGUCGCGGAGGAGGCCGAGGAGGACGAUGCCGGCGACGAGUAA